CUAGACUGGGAAAGUACUGAAAAAUUCAGCGAAGAAGCCAAUCAGUUUGCUUUAAAGAGACUCACUCAAUGCGGGUUUGAUAAAMRUCGUUGCUUAGCAGCGUUAUCGAGAUGUGAUGGUGACGUUGGUGCUGCACUUGAAAAUCUAGUAUCUUCWUGYUGUUAUAUUAAAUACAACAAUAAARAUGAUGUAGAUAACUCUGAAACAAUACAGUUAGCCAAGCAACAACGUGAUGAAGAAUGCCUUGCUUUGAAAUCAAUCUAUGAUGACAAUUUUAAUGAAUCAAUUGCAGAUAAACUUUGGACUGUGAAUAUUUCAAUGGAUUUUCUAGAAGAAAAAUUUAAAACAUCUUUGAGAACAGAAGAUAAAAGGGAGACAAGAAAAAUCAAGAAACCACAAUCUCAAUCCAAAAAUAUAUGCMGKUUUUUUCUGAUGGGAAAGUGUAAGUUUGGUUCAAAAUGUAAAAUGAGCCAUGCUAUACUAGAAGAUGAAAAUAAGAUUGAUGAUGAACAYCUAARAGUUGCWGAAAAGCCUGUUCAAUUUGUACUGGAAGUCAGAUUUCCMAAAGGAUCUAUUUACCCAUUUGAACAACCAAUCUUAGUGUUUUACACAACAAGUGAAGUUAUUCCUCAAUUUGUUUCCCUUAAUAUCACCAAAGCAUUGAAUGAGGAAGCCAAGGAAUAUACUGAGUCUUCAUCACCUGUUGUUUUCUCUGCAAUAAGCAUUCUUGAGGACAAAGAAAAUAUAUUGAUGCUUUCAGCUAUGAAACCUUCAGAGUUCAGUCAGCCUGAGAGAACAAACCCCCAAGCAGUCAGCAACACAUUGCUGCUUAGGGAAGAUAUACCAACAAAAGCAUUGAAAAUGGCCAAACAUGCGAAUAGUUCAAAGAAGGAAAUGAGUAUCCAAGAGAAAGAAGCAUUGAAUAAGAGAUUAAAACUUCAAUUUGACAAGCAAAAGACAUUUCCAGCUUAUAAAGCAAUGCUUGAAAACAGGAUAAAACUACCUGCUUGGAACUCAAAGGACGAGAUAAUUUCUAGUCUAAAGAAUCACCAGGUUCUUGUUAUUAGUGGAAUGACUGGAUGUGGUAAAACAACUCAAAUCCCACAAUUCAUUCUUGAUGUAUACCUUGAAGAAGGAAGAGGUUCAGAGUGCAAUAUCAUCUGUACCCAACCACGACGUAUCUCAGCCAUGUCYGUAGCUGAAAGAGUGGCUGAUGAAAGAGCAGAAAAGCUUGGGGAUAUUAUUGGUUACAAGAUAAGAUUGGAGAGUAAGCAGUCAUCGUCCACCAGAUUGUUAUACUGUACUACUGGCAUCCUGUUACGAAUCCUUGAGAAUGAUUCUACGUUAACAGGAAUCAGCCAUGUUAUUGUUGAUGAAAUCCAUGAAAGGACUGAAGAAAGUGACUUCUUAAUGAUGGUAUUGCGUGACCUCGUUAUGGAGAGGCAUGACCUCCGCAUUAUCUUAAUGAGUGCUACUCUUAAUGCCAAACUAUUUUCUGAGUAUUUCUGCRAUGCUCCAGUCAUUCAUAUUCCAGGUAGAACCUUCCCUGUACAUGAGUACUAUCUAGAGGAUGCACUUGAGAAAACAGAGUUUCAAAUGGAUCCAAGUUCACAGUAUGCAAGGCCAAUGAAAAGAUCCAAAUCUUCAAAGCAAUUUGAAGAUGGCUUCAAAGGAGCAGGGAGUUCCCAAAACCUUACUAAGAUUGCAGGAGARGUGAUAACAGCUAGAAAGAAACCACCUGGCAAUGUCAAGGAUGAAGUYUUGAGUGAAAUACAGUUGGGGUUGAGAUAUGAAGACUACAGUCAAAGAACAGUCUCAGCUCUGUACAUCAUGGACCAUGAGAAAACUAACUUUGAUCUGAUAGUGACAGUACUGGAAUGGAUUAUCACUGGUAAACAUGAGCAUCCAGAAACUGGUGCAGUUUUAGUCUUCCUGUCUGGAUUGGCUGAAAUAAUGACAUUAAUGGAACAACUGAACAACCACACCAUGUUCAAAGAUAAAAAACGGUUUUUGAUAUUGCCAUUGCACUCAACAUUAUCAAGUGAUGAGCAAUCAUUAGUCUUUAAAAAUCCCAAGCAAGGUGUUACCAAAAUUGUCCUAUCAACCAACAUUGCAGAGACAUCAGUAACCAUUGAUGACAUUGUUUAUGUCAUUGAUUGUGGAAAAAUGAAGGAAACCAGAUAUGAUUCAAGUAAAGGUAUGGAAAGCCUUGAAGAGACCUGGGUCUCACGUGCUAAUGCACGUCAACGUCGUGGACGUGCUGGCCGUGUCAUGUCAGGUGUUUGCUUUCACAUGUUCACAAGUCAUCGCUAUAACUUUAUUAUGCAGGAGCACCAAGUACCAGGUAGAACCUUCCCUGUACAUGAGUACUAUCUAGAGGAUGCACUUGAGAAAACAGAGUUUCAAAUGGAUCCAAGUUCACAGUAUGCAAGGCCAAUGAAAAGAUCCAAAUCUUCAAAGCAAUUUGAAGAUGGCUUCAAAGGAGCAGGGAGUUCCCAAAACCUUACUAAGAUUGCAGGAGARGUGAUAACAGCUAGAAAGAAACCACCUGGCAAUGUCAAGGAUGAAGUYUUGAGUGAAAUACAGUUGGGGUUGAGAUAUGAAGACUACAGUCAAAGAACAGUCUCAGCUCUGUACAUCAUGGACCAUGAGAAAACUAACUUUGAUCUGAUAGUGACAGUACUGGAAUGGAUUAUCACUGGUAAACAUGAGCAUCCAGAAACUGGUGCAGUUUUAGUCUUCCUGUCUGGAUUGGCUGAAAUAAUGACAUUAAUGGAACAACUGAACAACCACACCAUGUUCAAGGAUAAAAAACGGUUUUUGAUAUUGCCAUUGCACUCAACAUUAUCAAGUGAUGAGCAAUCAUUAGUCUUUAAAAAUCCCAAGCAAGGUGUUACCAAAAUUGUCCUAUCAACCAACAUUGCAGAGACAUCAGUAACCAUUGAUGACAUUGUUUAUGUCAUUGAUUGUGGAAAAAUGAAGGAAACCAGAUAUGAUUCAAGUAAAGGUAUGGAGAGCCUUGAAGAGACUUGGGUUUCACGUGCUAAUGCGCGUCAACGUCGUGGACGUGCUGGCCGUGUCAUGUCAGGGGUUUGCUUUCACAUGUUCACAAGUCAUCGCUAUAACUUUAUCAUGCAGGAGCACCAAGUACCAGAGAUCAAACGAGUUCCAUUAGAAAAGCUGUGCUUGCGAAUAAAGAUUAUGACUCUGUUUUUUGGCCAUGAUGUGAAGGGUGUACUCAACAAACUGUUAGAACCUCCUAGUGAGAAUGCCAUUGAUGAUUCAUUGAAAAGACUUCACAGCCUUGGUGCCCUAGACACUAGUGAGAACCUCACGUCAUUGGGAUAUCACUUAGCAGCYCUCCCAGUUGAUGUCAGGAUUGGGAAACUUAUGCUACUUGGAGCAAUCUUCCGGUGUCUUGACCCAGUGUUAACGAUUGCUGCAGCYCUCAGCUACAAGUCACCUUUUAAUACCCCAUUUGAAAAGCGUGAUGAAGCUGACAARAAAAGGAAACAGUUUUCCACUGGAUGCAGUGAUCAUUUAACAUUAUUGAAUGCAUAUCAGAAAUGGAUUGAUGUCAUGAAAAAAGGCACCAGCRUUGGCUAUCGCUACUGCUAUGAUAACUUCCUGUCCGUCAAAACAUUGCAGAUGAUUGCAAGCCUCAAGUGUUUGUUUGCAGAGUUACUGGCCGACAUUGGUUUUCUUAACACAAAAAUGACAUCACGUCAGCUGGAACGACUUGCUCCAAGGACAGGAGAUGGUGUACUACAAGGCACUGGACCCCAGGUCAAUUCAAAUGCUGACAAUCAAAAACUAUUGUUGGGGGUGCUGUGCGGUGCUCUGUAUCCAAAUGUUGUCCAGGUUGUAAAACCACAAAUUAAGUACAAAGCAUCAAGUAGUGGUAAGUUUGACAACCAAGUUUUCAUCCACCCCAAGUCAGUGAAUUUUGAUACGAAUACUUUUGAUAGUCCAUACUUGAUAUACCAUGAAAAGGUCAAGACUUCGAAGGUAUAUGUUCGAGAUACCAGCAUGGUGUCAGUAUACUCCCUGUUACUGUUCUGUGGUGAUUCACUCAACAUUAAUGUCGAGAAAGGUGCUUUGGUGAUCUCAAUUGAUGAUGGAUGGGUACGUUUCAUCUCUUCAUCGAAUCAAGUUGCAAGUUUAGUUCGCACUUUACGGAUUGAGUUGGACAAGCUGCUGUCAGACAAGAUUGAAACACCCAGUUUGGACCUUGUUACUUGUCCACGUGGAAGUCGKAUCAUUGAAACAAUAUGCCAUCUAAUAGCAAGCCAAUGAGGGUGUUUCAACUAAGCCACAAAUGGUUUAAAGAUGUGAAGGUUGUUAGGCUAAAGUGGUAUAAACAACUAAAAUAUCAAAUUCAACCAAUCACUUAGUAUUUUGAGAUGGCAACACUACCACAAUACUGCAUGUGGCUGUAUAAAGCACAAUGCAUUGUUGCCAUUAAACUUCACAUUGGAUACAUUACAAAAUGGMAUUUCUAAAUUGAAUUUGUUUCCAUUGGAGUUUUUGACUGUAACCUUGAAACCAGGAAACUUCUUUCUARACAGCAACAGAAUGGCUGACAAUGCAUGUCGGUCUUGGAAUACACUAUUUUCAUGAUCAGCAUUCAAUGUUUUCUGAAAAACCUGUAAUUAAAGCACAAAUGCCCUCAUAAAAGUAUUUUAUUCUAUACUUCAGAAUGAAUAUUUCAAAAUAUUAUACCAAUAAUUUUGUACAAUUAUGUUACAUGAAGAGAAAGAUUAUAAAAUAGUUAUCAGAUAACCUUAUUAGAUGAUACUUUACAGCCAUAUUUUUUUCAGUGUKUAGAAAAAUAUUGAAUUCAACCCUAUUGCCAUUUUAUCAAUAUGAGAUGGGAACAAUGUCAUAAUAUACUAAUGAAUGUAAUGAUAUAGAAUUAAUAAAAUAAUUAUAACAGACUUAAACAAAAUGGUAAAUAAAUUGUUUGUACUCAGAAAUAUCAUAUUCUUCACUGGAUGAGGAGAACAAUUCACUACAUUUAGAUUUGUAGAUUUGAAGCUAGUCAAAAUGGUACACAAAUAAUAUUAUUACAUUAAUAGAUAAAAAAAUUAAAACCUAGUAGUAAAUAUCAAUAAAGUGCAAUACUUCCAUGAAACAUCAAGUCAAAGUAAGAAAAAUUGCAUCUAAUUUUCAUCGUUUGCAUUGCUUAGUGACAUAGCCCAGACAAAAUUCACAACAAGUGAUCAGUGAUAGACUGCCAUCAAUCAAAGUUAUUAUAAAAAACUGGUGGUUGACAACAAAGCAUUAAGUUGAUUGACAGCUGUCUAUUGCUGUUUAUGCCAUUAUGAAGUUUGAUCUGGACUGGGCACAGAUGUAGUAAAUAAACUUUACCAUAUUUACUCUACUUCUGUAAUGCAUGCUUUCAAAUAAGUGUAUAUUAGAAAUGAAUUG